UUCCUGUAAAAGAUCUUGCUAUCAAUAGUGGAUCGUUGUACAAGGAAGGGAAGCCUUUAAUAUUUAACUGUACGGCUACAGUGGACUCUGACCAUACCGAACUACUAGGAUACUACAAGCUUCCAUCCGACAAUUCAUAUGUAAAAGUACAAGGAGAACAAACUAUUUUACAGACAUUUACUCAAAAUUGUACUAAAUCAGUUAUAUCGAAGUUUCAUACUGGUUUCCUUGUCUCAGCAAAUCUAAACGGAACUAAACUGAAAUGUCUGUACAACGAAAUCAGUCCAGAAGCCUCAGAAGAAAAGAUUGUUAUGAUACAGUCGGCAGACGUUGCCUUUACUACGUAUAAACUAAAAGCAGAAGCACGUCAAAGUAAAGCUAACUUUACCUGUCUCGUAAGAAGUACUGGGUCUUUUAAAGCAAUAAAGAUCUUAAAAAUAAUCAACAGCACAUCAAUGAUAGAAAUGGCUUCAUAUACAUCAUCAUCUGAUUCAGUACAAAGUGUAGCCGGGGUUGAUGCAAAUUUUAGCAGCAAUGCUCUAACCUUGAUGUUUGCUUCAGUAAUGUGCUCUGACGAAGGGAAAUAUAAUUGUACUGUGAUAAUGGAUGACGAUUCGGAACAGCAACCUCCUCUCUCACUUGAUGUUCAAGUAACAACUUCACCGGGCUCCUCGACUGUUGAGUUGUUUGUGGACCCAAAUAUUGUUGAAGAUAGAGAUUCUGGAACUCAUUAUUGCCUUGGUUCUGUUGGGUACCCAGAAGUUGGAGGUUAUAUAGAGAUAACCUUCGUCCAUCCUUUGACGAACGAAAAUAUAACACUUAACAAAGAAAGCUUACGGACUAUUUCUAGCAAUGAACUAGAAAUUCAAAGCACUCUGAUGCCUUACAUCAAAGAAGAGUGCAAAACAAUGGAGAAAAUUUCAUUCAAAAUUAAACCUUCAAGGAAAUGGAAUAGAGGAAAAAUCGUUUGUGAAGUCAAAAGUCAGGAUGGGUCCGUUCAAAAGGCUGCAAAGGACGAUGUUCUCUAUGUUAUUGAUGCAUCAUUCUGCAACUCUACGAACAAUCAAGAAAUCUAUUUUGAUCAUGAAAAAGAGGAUUUUUGUAACACUUAUGUACAAUGCAGUGGGGGGACACCUUAUGGUAAAAGCUGUAGUCCAAAUGACUGUGUAUUCAUCGGAAAAGCUUAUUGUGAUGACUGUUCUCGUGCAAAGUGUACAGAAGAAAUGAUGACUACAGGUACAUAUUUCAAAAAAGUGAUACAGAACAAAUGUGUAGGGAUUGAAUACUUAGGAAAUUAG